GCCAAUCAACGACGAGGCGAACACUGUUUAUCAUCCUCAAAUACACCUGAUGAUUGAUCUUUAUAAUCCACAUGCAAUUGCGAAAACUAAGGACCUGACUUUGGUUGUCUUACCGAGAGGACGCGAGAUGCCGCAUCCCAUGAGACUCGUGUUUCUCGCUGCCUGUUUCUAUCUGUUGCAAUGUCGCGUAGACUCGAUCUCGUUCUUUACACCUCCAGUCGGCUACCAUAAAUGUUUCUUUACUACUUGUCACCUUCGGUGGCCUGAAUGGAAGUCGCUCCCAGUCCCCAAAGGUUACUGUCGGGUUGAGAAUCGACACACCGAAAUCAUCACUACGAGACACUAUGGAUACUUUGCGACUUGCCCCCCCUCUCAAAGAUGUGGCUUCAAUAGACAAUCUCGACAAAUCUGCGGUUGCAGGGUUGUCUACGAUUGCGAGCUUAAGGAAUGGACGGGCUGGUCCGGGAGCGUCCAGCAAGGCGCGUGUGGACCACAGUCGAGAGUCGGACGAUACAACGAAAAGUACAGAUUCGACACACGAAUAGGCAGACCAGGAAUAAAUCUAUGCCAAGGAUACAGACACACAUGUGGAGAUGAAUUCGAAAAGCGAACUUGGUGCUCGUGUCGCCAAGCGCAAUGCACCCUGGGUGACUGGAGCUCGUGGACCGAUAUGUCGUCGCCUGUCAGUCACGAUCACUGCGCCUCUCAACAGCGUCUCCGCACAUACACGCUCAUCUGGAAAUACAUUGAAAGGCGAGAUGACUGCAACGGCGUGUUGCCGCAAUCGUGCCCUGCGGACGUCCAGGAGACUCGAGAAAAACCUGAUUGUGCAGCUGAUUGAGUGGCCAGAAAAAGGAGCUAGCGAUAUGCGGUUCUUGGAACAACAUAAUCAACUUGUAUCCGUGGUUAAAUAAUCAUAUUCAAUUGUAUUUAAUUGCAUAUUCUAUUGUUAGCAAAUUAGAUUAAACUUGACUACAAGCGAUAUAGUAUAAACUAGAUGGUUUGCAUAGAAAUUGUGGGAGUAGGAAUUAAAUAAACAUACGUUGGACAUGAUCUUUCGAGCAUCAGCCUUUCGUGAAAGUAAAUAUUUUAUUGCCUCUUG